CACAGAGACCGAAGUCAGUACCAUGCUCACGGAGCUUCAAUUUCUCAAGAACACCGUCGGCUCCCAUGUCCCUCUGUUCGGAAACGACGAGCAAGAUUCUGUUGCUCCUGCUCAUACUUUCGACAAGGAUGCUUGGCACGGAGAUACUUGUUUGAUCGAGGUCAUGCAGUGGUGGCUCAAGAGACGCUCUUCCGAGAUCGUGGACGAAGAAACCGAGAACAAAAAGAUCGAGCUUACACCCUCGUCGACAGGCUUGCCCGAGAAAGGAACUCCUGAGAUUAUCCAGAGUCCCAGAAAGCCCACCCCAGCUACUCCAGUUCACAAGGGUAGUGAGGACAUCACCAACUUCAUCUCUGGUCUUGAAGAUUGGUCUCCAGGAUCGAGUUCCAUCAACCAAUAUUGUCCUGAUCUGACUCACACCACGAACGAAGACCAGCCAUCCUCCGCAUACCCGCCCACAAUCAAGCCGUUCAAUUCUGCCGAGCAAGUCAUCUGGCACGUCAGCUACAGUCUCGAUUCCGAACUUAGAGACCAGCCCACCUCCGAGAUCGACGACCUGAUGGCCAAACUCAGAGUCCACAGAAACAAGACCGCACGCAAGCGCGACAAAGCCAUCCUCAGCGAUCUCCGAAACUCUUCAAUGUGCCCUGAUAUUCCUUUUGCGGAGAAGAGGGCAUCAUGGAAGAAGGUGAAGAUUCAUUGGGAUGCAAAGGUCGCUCUGGUGGAUGGUAUCAUGCUUAUUAUUCGUGAGAACUUUGCUGGUUCGGAGAAUGCGGUUUAUGAGGAGAGCUUCUAUGGUAGCUCACCUGCUGCUUCUGUAGGCAGUUACACCAGAAGUGAACGCUGAUUUGCACCUCUGACCGGAAGAACAGAGAGUAUCGGGCGGAGAGCUACAAGACCCUAGCUUCGCGGAACAUGAUUGGGAGGAAAGGGGAUGCGAUUUUACAGAAAUUGAUGCAGGGGAAAUAUCUUGCUUGAGCUGCAUCUAGAUCACUGCGUUGCUUCAGCAAUGCGUAUUCACCAGAUUAUGUUUACUCUCUCGUGCCGGUGCCUCGUUCACGUAAUUGGCGCCGUGAGAUAUAGAGAAUGAUUUCAAUGCAACAGCCCCAC